CUCCUGCACAGCUUCAGCUCUCCUCCCCAGGUUCCACAUCAGAGGACCUCAUCAGGACCGCACACCAUGGAGCUUUUCACCAAAACUCUGUUUCUGUGCUUAGCACUAGCCCUCACUAAUGGAGCACCUGCGUGAGUAUUAAACGAUGCUGAUCUUCCAGACCGGUGUGCAGGUAUUGAGUUCGAUGCCAUUACUCCAGACGAGAAAGGAAACAUUUUAUACUUCAAAGGUAGCCACUUGUGGAGGGGUUUCCAUGGUCCAGCUCAGCCCUCCAAUGAGUAUUUCAAGGAGCUUGAUGACAUCCAUAACAUCGGACAUGUCGAUGCUGCCUUCCGCAUGCACAACACAGGGAACCCAGACGAUCACGAUCACAUCUAUUUCUUCCUGGAUAACAAAGUGUUCAACUAUUACAACCAUACCCUGGCGGACGGGUAUCCAAAAGAGAUCCAGGAGGACUUCCCUGGGGUCCCCACUCAUCUGGAUGCUGCUGUGGAGUGUCCCAUAGGAGAAUGCAUAACUGACUCAGUUCUGUUCUUCAAGGGAAAUGAUGUGCACGUUUAUGAUAUUACCACAAAGACAGUGAAGACCAAGACGUGGUCCCACCUGCCCGUCUGCACCUCUGCUACACGCUGGCUGGAACACUACUACUGUUUCCAUGGACACAACUUCACCAGGUUUAACCCGGUAUCUGGAGAGGUGAGCAGUGGCUACCCCAAGGACGCCCGCAGGUACUUCAUGACAUGCCCCAACUUUGGUCACGGAGGUGAUUAUAAAAUCCGGAAAUGCAGUGAGGCUAAAAUAGAUGCCAUCACCAGUGAUGAUGCAGGCAAAAGUUAUAUCUUUGCAGGCCCCAUCUACAUGCGUCUGGACACCCAUCGUGACGGACUUCACGCCUUUCCAAUCACCAGGGCGUGGAAGGAGGUGACCAACGGAGUGGAUGCUGUUUUUUACUACACUAACAAGAUCUACUUGAUUAAGGGUGAUCAGGUUUACAUCUAUAACACAGCUGCUCACUACACCCUGAUUGAAGGCUACCCUAAAACCCUGAAGGAAGAGCUAGGCAUUGAAGGACAUGUGGACGCUGCUUUUGUCUGUCCCAAUGAACAUACAGUCCAUGUUAUCCAAGGAGAGAAAAUGCGUGCUGUUGACCUUACCGCCACACCGAGGGCCGUGACCCAGGUUCUGCCCAUGUCCUUGAUCGGAAUCGAUGCAGCUCUGUGCAGUGCAGAAGGAAUUAAAGUGUUUAAGGGCUCGCAGUAUUACAACUAUGAAAGCCCCAGGACACUGGCUUUGAGCCGAAUCGCCCCUGUGCCCCAAAAUAUUACCAAAGCAAUGAUAGGAUGUGAGGAAUAGGAGUCAGUGGUGACAGAAUGCUUCCCAGUCAACUGCUUAUUAGGGCAUUGAACUCUUCAUUCCCCUCGUCCACACCAAAGAAAAAAAGUAAUAUCUAUCACUAUCUUUACAAGCAGACUGGAAGAAUGGAAUCAAAAUCCCUUUUUAAAUGGAGAAUAAAGAAA